AUGAAUGAUAUCUACAAUGGGCCCUCCAGUCGCAGGGUUCCCUAUGCGGAGGCCAGUGCGGAUACCCUAGCCAACACCGCCGCAUCACUUGCGACAGAUUCGAGCCGCGCGGGACAAGUCCAGGUUCCACGUUCACCCCAACCUCUUUCCCUGCAAGUGAAUGAACUUGAGGCCGGGGUUUACAGUCAGAGUGAUUCUAACGUCAGCUAUGUCGAAUCGUCCGACCGUGGUAGUGAGACGUCCGACGGCCAGCGACCAGAACUACACUCUGCGAGUACCUUCACAGACUCCGCCCCCAGCCAACCAUCCUCUUCACUAAACGAAUCCAAUCGGUCCAUGGACCUCGAUAAUCCCUACUACAUGAAUGGCGAUAUUGCGAUGGCGAAUACAAAUGAAGAAAUAUCAACCUCGGAAGCAUUGCCCAGUUUGAAGAAGACCAAUGGAAAUGGUUUAAUAAACGGCACCAACGGCGCAGUGAAAUUGGAAAAACAGAGCAAUGGCUCUCUGUCACCUCUGCGAUCGUCAAAUAUUUCCAACCUUCGUUCGAGUGCCGGUACGCGAUAUACACCGGGCCACAAACGAACAGUUACUGGAGAAGUUAAACCUAUCUCCACGUUGGCUGCACCUGUUAGCUCGGACGUCAAUGGAGCACGUCGUCGGUCAAAAAGCACGGGCUCACCAGCCCACGGAAGCAGAAUUGAUCAAGUAAGGACUCUCUUUGAAUGCUCACUCCUGAGUGUUAUUGACGUAAAAAAAGCUAUCGCGUUCAGCAGUCUCCUCCCCGGCAAACUCCUUCAGAUCCCUAAACUGGCGCCUCCCGUUGAUAUCGUUCCAUCAAGUGGAGAGACCCGACGGCGGCGACCAAAUCCCAACUGGGCCGCUCAACCAUUCGAUCGCAGCCCAUACGCCCGGCACCGACGCCAUCACUCAUAUCAAGAUCCCUCCUUCGCCAGGCCAUUUAAUGGGUCGCCAAGAGUUAUAGGGCCGGGAACACCGUCCAUCCCGCCAACUAGUCGGGCGCCGACAUCAUCUCAGAACGGGUAUUACGGAUCACGAACUCAAUCAGAGAAUACUGCUAUGGAACAAGACGCGAUCGAAACGUUGCUUUUCAUGCUCUAG